AUGGCUGAGCUAGAUCAAGGCUUAAGAGAUUUGUUAGCAACAGCCCGAAAAGACGGUGCAAGCCGUACAAUAGGGCUGGACAUAGAGAAACGAUACCUAGAUAACCUAAACUCUUAUAUAUCAGGCCGCCAUAUACCCAUACAAGAAUUCGUAUCUGCAAUAAUGUUAUGUUGCGGGGACUUCUGCCUCAUCAUUCAGCUGUGUAAUAAUAUGUCCUCACCCGAGGUUAGCAUGGUAUCUAAAUUGGUUUCGAAAUUCCUUGAGCUCCAAGAGUUGACAUUCGGGGGUGUCGGGAUCAAACACUGUAUCGAGGCAUUGGAGACGAUUUUUGGGAUUAAGUGUAGGGAUGCAAUGGAUUUGCGCGACUUGGCAGCUAUUGUUACACAGUCUAACAUCUUAAGGACCUAUAAACUGGUUGAUUUGGCUCUUUUAGUCGGUAAUCAAGUGUUUUAUAAGGAUGAAUUAUUGACUAAAUGUAAUGGUGCAGCUCUUAGUGAUUGGAGCUGUGGUACAUUAUCUCGUCACCAAAUUGAAGCCGCGACUUGGAGAGCUUAUCUUGCCUUCUAUAUAGGCAACCACUUCUAUGCUAGAAAUUAG